CGCGUGCACGGAAAAUUGGUUUUUCCUUUCUUCAUUCCCUGCUCAUGAGCUGAAGUAAGUUUCAAAAGAAAAUCUCCGUUAGCUCAAGGAAAUGCGGCGAAAGAGCCCAAGGAGGCACGCGAUGGCUGUCACCUGGCCAUGCCGAUGACGCUAUCUGCCAGUUUGUGAACGAAGACGGCACCCUGCGGCAUUGGCCUGCCAGGCCUGGGCGAGUUGCCGGCAGCCGGCAUGAGACCCAGGCAACGCUGCUCCCUUGCGCCAGAGGGCUUGAAGCGGAACAAUGUGAACUGGCAGGACGUGAAACUGCUGGAAACACGACGCUACAAUUUCCUUCUAAUUGCCAGCGUGCUGAUCACCCUCGCACAGCACACGGUUGGACAAACUACAACCUCCACAACAACCACAAUAGUCAUCAACACCACCAGCAGCAACGCCACCAGUGCUACAGAUAGCAGUACAGCUGCAUCAAGAGCAACACCAGGCCAAACCCAGGCCACUUCAGCCGUGACGUCGUGCGUCUGCCCCAACAUGGUCGCUACCCCGGCGCGCACCGACAGCGACUUCUCGGGCCUGGGUGCUAGCCAAGUGCUGAUCAUCUUGCUGGGUAUCUGUUCUGCAAUUUCCCUAUUCUUCUACUUGGCCGCCCGUAGACAGCGGUCAGAUGAGCGUCUCUUCACGCCGUUGAUGUCACGAGAGGCAAGCAUAGCUGUCAGAAUACAGGGCCACAGCCAAACCCUGCAGCAGCAGCAGCAGCAGCAGCAACAGCAGCAGCCACUUCACACGUCAGACUUUGCCGACAAGCGGGCAGAGUCGACAAUCCCGCACACUGACGAAGAAGCUAAAUCGAGCAAGGAUCGGAGGACAAGCUCUGCGCCGGCAGUCUUUCAGAAUGCGCUGGAUCCAACCUUCAGCCAGUGUCAUCAGGGACCGUUCGGCCCCGGUGUCUUGGGCACGACGAACACCAAUGGCCAGAGCAGCAUGCUGACGGCCACCGUUGCUCGAUCCAACUCCGCCGCCGCCAAUAGAGAGCCACCGCCCGGACAGUGCGGAGGAGUCGGCAGUCCCGGUCGACGGUGGUCCAUCGCCAGCGGCAACAUCAUACAGAUGCCGUCGCGUGUCACGCUCACAGCUCCAUCAUGCCCGGCCUCGCCGAGCGACUGGCCUUCCAAAGUUGGCAACUCGUCGCGUCUCUCCCUGCCAGCCACGACGGGCGUCUGUCGUACGCCGGAGAAGAAGGAACGCCGCUACUCGUUCGAGAACACUCUCUCCCCGCUGCACUUCGCCGAGACUCCAGGCCACGCGUCCGUGUUUGAGCGCUCCGAGUCGUCGAACCCGAGACGGUCGCAGUCACAGCGUAUGCCUCACGCCGUGCGUCGAGACAAGCCGGCAACCGGCGCGGUGUCGAGAAAGCAGUCGCGCUCGCCCAGAUUGUCCAUCACGAAGGUGAGGAUACGUCGCGAUGCGCGUACCAGCCUUCCCACGCCGUCCAAGUAUCGCACCAGCAACAACCCUGUCGCAGUCGGAGGCCCCGCCGUCGGGGACGGAAAGGUAACAAUGCGUUCAGGCAGUAGUAAACGCUCAAACAGCCAGCAAGCGCAACGAGUUGGAGGUGAAGGUCGACGAUCUACUCGGCCGAGUCUGCGUGUUUCGAGUGCAAGCAUAGACCGGGCAUCACAGUACACUGGUAGUAUUUAUAACUACUCAGACUGGAGAAAUAAUGAUCCGGAUCCGCUGGAUUUGUUGGAUCCAAGACAGGAUGGUAAUCUGUGAUGCUCGCUACGGCACACUGACGUGUAGCGUGCGAACAUGGGUUUCUGAUGCAUGCUAGAAGCUGUGUGUCCACGGGAUGGCCUCAGCCAUGCCGCGUAUAGUGUACAGUGUGCGUGUUUGUUUGUUUGUGUGUGUGUGUGCACGUGCAUGUGUAUGUGUGCAUGUCUGUGUGUUUGUGUGCGUGGCUGUGUGUGUCGGCGCUGAAUGUGUGCGACGUUCGAGUGUUUUUUGACAUCUUUACUUUUAAGGGUUUGGAGUUGCAUUAGCCGAAUACACCCGCAGCGGUGGUGACCUGUCUCUACGGGAAACUGCUCACAUUGUACAUCAUUCUGCUCUGGCCUGUAUGCAUGUAGCUACAAUAAGAACUUUUUUCUUUUUUUUAAGUACGAGCCAACUGUACAUGAAAUGUUAUUUGACCCUGUUGAGAUUGCACGGAUGUAUUUGUAAA